AUGGAGCAAGAAAGGAGAAGGAGAGAAUACCAGGAAAUGGAUGAUCAGAGGAGAAGAGAAAACCAGAGAAAGGAGGAGGAGCAAAGAAGCCAGAGAUUUUGGGAACCCUCCUGGAAAAGGGAACAGACUAGACCAGGGUUACUUCUUUCACCUGUUAAGGAAGAGGGAAGUGCCAAGGAAGAGAACAGGAAAAGGGAAGCAAAGAAGCAGGAAAGGUCCAACAACACAACGGAAUUGCCUGCGUACAAUGAGAGGGAAAUAAAGUGGAAAGAGGACACAGGAAAAAUAGAUGACGUGGAACCAGAACUCUCAAGGAAUAGAUACAAUAGUGUAUACAGUAAGAGAGAACAGUCGGGAAGAAAGACGAAAAGUGGUGCCAAAGAAGAGGACAAAACAGAACAGGAAUCGAAUAAGAAAGAGGACGAAGUGGAAGAGGGAGCAACGACCCUGAAUAGCAGUAAAAAUGGGAGUAGAACUGAGUCGGAACCUAAACGAGGAGAAAGUAACGAGGCUAGAGAGGUAAGACCUGGCUCUAGGGGAUCCGAAAAAAAAGGGAAGGUGGCCUUCUAUAAGCCAGACCAUACCAGAAUGUCAGAAGAAGAGGAACACUUCCUCAAUUGCACAUCAAAGACUGUGUACAGUAGAGAUAUUCCAGAAGAGAAAGUUAGGAUGACAGAGGUGUCAGAAGGCUGUCUUAAAGGCAGUUUCUACAAAUGGGAAGAAACACUUGCGUCCAAAGAGGAAGAGGAAUUUAUUGCGAAUCUGGCAGACGAAUCGGACGAUGAUGGAUACACUAUGAACAGUGUAUCGAUGGGAUCGAGAAGACUGAGAUUAGAGGAAGAUUUAACAUUUGAAGGAUCUAUAGACGAGUUUGUGGCAGGAGAACCGAGGGCGCAUUCAUCAAAGAAACUUUUCAAAGAAAAUUUGAGAUUGAGGGGAGGAUCAGACCGCCCUUCGNAGGGAGGAUCAGACCGCCCUGCGAUCGGACGCGGAAACGAUGAGGAGAAUGACCCAGACCUAAGCACAGACACGGAGUCAAUAGGGAUGACGAACAAAAGGAGGAAGCAAGACAGGGAUGAAGCUGAGAACACGAUGAGGCAAAACGGAAUAGCCAAAGAUGUUCUAGGGCAGUUUGAAUCUAUACUAAAAACGGAGACGAGAGCAAAAAAGAUAAAAGUGGACACACUAAAUGCGCUGAAUACGGUUAAAUUGGACAUGGACGGGCUCAUCAGUUACAUGACGCUGGAAAAUGCGAUGCUGCUGGGCCGAUUGCAACAAGCAAGGGAGACAGAGGAAAUGCAUAUGCAACAGAUUGAGGAACUAAAACAGAAACUUGCGGAGGGUGGGAGGAAAAGAGUGGCCUUCCACCCUGAACCAAUAGCAGCGGGAAGGAGUCCGGAUACACUCCGGACAUGGCAUUCAGGGUGGAUACAUCAGCUGGAACCACGCUGA